AUACGCGUGUGCGGGUAUGAAAACAUAGGUAUUAAUGGCGAUCUCAGUUCGGCGAUGGAUGGCCGGGCUGGGGAGGAGAAUUCCUCGGGAUAUUACGAUUACAUACAUACGCUUCUGCCGCAUUCUUUAAACUCACCGAUCUCACCUGGGACCCAGCGGGAUGCCAUCCACUUGGAAUUUUAGAGACGUGACCCGACGACCACUUGAGAGAUGCCCCGGACGGCGAGGGACUGGAACUGUGUGACGUUCAAUCCCGAAAACGAAAAGACCACAUCCGAAUUCAUCAACUCUCAUGUACAUGUCUACUUGACAUCGUCCACCAUCUCGGGACGUGGUGUUCCAGUCGGAAAGCUCUGGAUCUGGAUACAAAAAAGACCGUCUCGUCUUUCUGCUGAAGAUGGUGGGCUCAUCCAGCUCAGGCCUUUGUCGAUAUGCCAUUAUCAUCGACAUAUCCGCAGCGCCGCUUUGUCAGGCCGCGGACGAUCGAAGAUGGAGAGCAAACAGAAGACGAAAGUACGACAUCGAUAUUGGUACAAGCUUUUGAACUUCCCUUCCCGGUGCUCCAUGCGUGGCCAGCGCAUACCUCCCCUACCUCGCCACGAACAGGGGUACAAGAUAGGAUCCCGGCGCAGCCGCUCUUUCUCUCCAAUAUGGAUCACCUCAACGGACUCGGGACAGGGAGAAAUAUCAAGCGGGCACACCUCCGUCCUCGAGUAUGCGUACGCACGGGUCGUGGAUUAUCCAUUUCGCAUGUGGAUAAGCACACGGAAAGUCGAGUGGCAAUAUGUACUUGAGGAGGUUGGCACUGGUUCCUCCUCCCUUCCAAGCACCCGGCGUUCGCAGGUGGCGCCCUUCCGUGUUCCAUUCCGUAUUCCCGAACAUGAAACUGACCGGAGCAGCGCCGUCUCGCAACGCCAAUACACCUACAGACACUGCACAUCACCAACACGCCAAUGCUGCUCCCCAACCGUGAGCGCCCAAACCCCAGAACUUGGGGAGCCAUUUGGCCCGGAACUUUCAGAUGCCAAUGACAAGGUCUACGGUCAGAACGCGUAUAACCCGUUGUCAAGAAGGGAAACCGACACGAGACAGGCACUCAUUUGCAGGAAGACGGCAAACCGAUGUGCCAGUUCAGGUUCCCUUCCUCGCCCCCGCCUGCUACCCCUAUUUCUGGCCAUCAGCUUGCUCGGCGUUGAGGACAUUUCAGGGAGCUGGACGACGUAUCCCCCGGCGAUUUCUAUGAGCAGCCACCAUGCACAAGAGAGACAUGGUUUCGCCUACGACGAGGUCAACGGAACAACCCAUGCAUAUUACGUCUAUAUCAUCCUGAAGCCAGUGGAAGGAAGCAACUCAUGCUGGAACGGCCGUAAGGAGAAGCUGCGGACAAGAGCAAAACAUAUUGUGUCAGUCACCCGGGAAACCCCGCAGAAACAAGGCAUGGCUGCAUGAAUCCAUAGGAGAGACUAACCGACAAGAACUCCUCAUAGGAUAUCCCGCCUAGAACCCAGCCUUGGAUGCAAAAUAUCCCU